GAUCCACGUUCGACGAUGUUGAUGAUGAUAACGAUGUGCUGCGGAGAACGUCGGCGGUGGCGAUGCUGGUUGCAGAUCCGUUCACCAAGCGACCUGUGCCCUGCAUCCCUUGGCAACGAUGAUGCUGCCUCUUUAACAUUGCGACCGCAGACUGACUCCCGUGUGUUAGCCUCAAUACAUUUCUGUGCGCGUGUGUAUUCUGUGCUUCGUCAGGAAGUAGCAAACGUGUGAUAGUGGUAUCUGGGCAUGCUUAGCCGGCUCACUGUCACCUCAGCUUGGAAAAGAAGUUUCGCGUCGCCCACGCCGCCGUCCUUCACCGCGACCUAUUUCUCCAGCCGAGCGAUCACCCGCCUUCCUUGUACUUCCUCAUUCUUUUAUCGCACCUACACUGUCUCCAAUCGACUAUACACAUCCACACCCAUGGAACAAAAUGGCGCGCACAGCAAGCGCAAGCAGCCGCCCACCCCCAGCGCCGAGCGCCCGUUGAAACAAAUCAAGGCCGAGACAGAUGCGCACAUUCGCAACGGAGUCACGACGUCGCCCACACCAGAGAUGGACGUAGACGAUGCGCGCAGUGACGUCAGCAUCGACUCGAUGCCCGUUCUACCUGUUGCUGGCGCGGUGCACGAUACGGCUGAGUGGCAGAAGACGAUCGAGGGCGUUGUGAAAAGCGUCGUGUCGAUCCACUUCUGCCAGACGUGCUCGUUCGAUACAGACCCAGCCAUCGCCUCAGAGGCGACUGGGUUCGUCGUGGAUGCUGAGAAAGGCUACAUCAUGACGAACAGGCACGUUGUCGGCGCCGGACCGUUCAUCGGAUACUGCAUUUUUGACAAUCACGAGGAAUGCGACGUCUAUCCCGUCUACCGCGAUCCCGUGCACGACUUCGGUAUCCUGCGCUUCGAUCCCUCCAAGAUCAAGUACAUGCCCCUCACCGCGCUACAACUGAAACCAGACCUCGCCAAGGUUGGAGUGGAGAUUCGCGUAGUGGGUAACGAUGCUGGAGAGAAACUCAGUAUCUUGUCCGGUGUCAUUAGUCGACUGGACCGCAAUGCGCCUGAGUACGGCGAGGGCUACUCCGAUUUCAACACGAACUAUAUCCAAGCUGCUGCCGCUGCAAGUGGUGGAAGUUCUGGCAGUCCUGUUGUGAACAGGGACGGCUAUGCUGUCGCACUGCAGGCUGGUGGCCGGUCAGACGGCGCCGCUACCGACUACUUCCUACCACUCGAUCGUCCACUGCGCGCGCUCGAGCUCGUUCGCCAGGGCAAUGCCGUAUCUCGAGGCACCAUACAGACACAGUGGAUACUGAAGCCAUUCGAUGAGUGCAGAAGACUGGGCCUGUCGGCAGACGUGGAGGAGGCCGUCCGUACCCAAUUCCCCAAGGAGACGGGCAUGCUUGUUGCCGAGGUCGUGCUUCCGCAAGGGCCUGCCUCUGGCAAGGUUGAAGAGGGCGAUCUUCUGACGCAUGUGAACGGCCAGCUCCUCACCCAAUUCGUUCGUCUAGAUGCGAUUCUAGACGACAAUGUCGACAAGCAAAUUUCGAUUACGAUCCAGCGCGCCGGCGAGAACAUGAACGUCGAUCUGAACGUUGGUGAUCUACACGCCAUCACCCCAGACAGAUUCGUAUCAGUGGCUGGCGCCUCAUUCCACGACCUGUCCUACCAGCAAGCUCGCCUAUAUGCCAUCUCACUCAAGGAUGCAGGUGUCUACGUGUGCGAAGCCGCUGGCUCAUUCCGAUUCGCCGAUGGCUACGCAUCGGGGUGGUUGAUCCAAGAAGUGGACAACCAACCCACGCCAAACCUCGACGCUUUCAUCGAAGUCAUGCGCAAGAUCCCCGAUCGCAAGCGCGUCGUCAUCAUGUAUAAGCAUCUUCGUGAUCUGCAUACUGUUAACACAAGUAUCACAGCCAUCGACAGACACUGGCACGCAAAGAUCAGGAUCGCUACGCGCAAUGAUGCCACAGGGCUGUGGGACUUCAAGCCGCUAGCUGAUCCUGUUCCUGCGAUCCCGCCAGUGCCGCGCCGCGCCAAUUUCGUCAAGAUGAACUCGCAGUACCCUGAAGCAGUCGACAUCGUUCGCAGUCUUGUUCGAGUACAUGUAUCUAUGCCAAUCAAGCUUGAUGGUUUCCCCAAGAUGAACAAGCAAGGCUAUGGUAUUGUAGUUGAUGCCGAGCAGGGCCUUGUCCUUGUCUCGCGGGCGAUUCUGCCGUACGAUCUUUGCGACAUCUCAUUGAUCAUCGCGGACAGUAUCUUCAUUGACGCCAAGGUUGUAUUCAUGCACCCAUUGCAAAACUACGCUAUUGUCAAGUAUGAUCCCUCGUUGGUGCAAGCCUCAGUCAAGACGCCCAAGUUCUCCACGGAGUUCAUCAAGAAGGGUGACGAGACCAUCUUCUUCGGCAUGAACCAGAAUUUCCGCCCUGUUGUAACAAAGACUGUUGUAACAGACAUCACCACCGUUGCAAUUCCUGCCAGCGCCAUCACACCUCGUUACCGCGCGACAAACUUUGAUGCCAUCACAGUAGACACCAACCAAGCCUCCCACAGUGGCUCAGGUGUUUUGAUUGCCGAAGACGGUACAGUGCAGGCUCUCUGGCUCUCCUAUCUUGGUGAGCGGACAUCGCACAGCGGUAAGGACGUUGAGUACCAUCUAGGUCUCGCGACACCCAACCUACUCCCCGUCCUCAACGAAAUCAGAGGCGGCAAGACCCCCAAACUGCGCAUCCUCAAUGUCGAGUUCCAGACUGUUCAGAUGAGCCAGGCACGCGUCAUGGGUGUAUCAGAAGAGUGGAUUGAGAAGACAGAACACGCGGAUCCAGAGCGACACCAGCUCUUCAUGGUGCGCAAGGUCGACUCUGGUCACGGCGAUGGUCUCCAGGAGGGCGAUGUCGUCCUCACACUCAAUGGCAAGCUCGUCACACGGAGCCCCGAUCUCGAUGUCAUGUACACCAAUGAGUUCCUCGAUGCUGUCGUGGUGCGCAAGCGCAACGAGAUGUCUAUCAAGGUCUUAACCGUCCCCACUGAAGACCUCGAGACAGAUCGCCUCGUCAGCUUCUGCGGCGCUACGUUCCACCGUCCUCACCAGGCCGUCAGGCAGCAGAUCAGCAAGGUGCAUUCAGAUGUCUACAUCUCGUCUCGCGCCCGUGGGUCGCCGGCGUACAUGUAUGGCCUCGCACCAACGAAUUUCUUAACCCAUGUCAACAACAAACCCACUCCAGACCUAGACUCGUUCCUCGAAGCCGUCAAAGAGAUUAAGGACAACGAAUACUUCCGACUAAAGGUCAUGACAUUUGACAACGUACCUUGGGUUGCGACAAUGAAAAAGAACGAACACUACUUCCCGACUAUCGAGUACGUGAAGGACAAGGGCGAGGAACUCGGGUGGCGGAAGAUUAUCCAUGAGUGCGACGACGGUGGUAUGAGGGAAGAGGCUCUUGAUGGGGGCGAAGCUGAGGCUGCAGAGGGCGAUGCAUGUGAAGAGUAAAAGCCGCGUCAUUUUGCAUUGUAUCAUAAACCAAGCAUCAGAAUAAAGCCCUAGGGCCAACCUUAUUUCAAAGCAACCUAUUG